AAAUUCCGUACACGCGAUGUAUUGGCCCAGUAAUGAGUCAUCCAUAUUUUAUUUGACGCUUGAACACUCUCCCGCGUGCCCUUCAUCGUCCAAAGGACAAUCGUCCACUGUUGACUGCAUUCUGUUCUCCAAUUUCUAUACAUCCCCUGUUAUUGAAAUUAUAUCAACAGCGUUCUGUAUAAUAACGCCCUACAGGCAUGUGCAACAGCAAACAGUACUCGUGGUGAUUGGAAUGAGAACUGCGGAUGCAUGCCUGUCGAUCUGUGUGUCAGAUAUUGGUAUAUAGAUCCGAUGUACGUGCUUGCCGUUGGAUAUCAUUUUGUGCUCCUAUGAUAACGUUGAGUCCAGCAACAGACGGCAAGUUGUAAUCCGAGUAAUUUGUGUCGCGAUCGCUGGCGGGAAAUAAUGGCGGAUACCGGAUUCAAAUUCUCUCGUCUGGGAGGAGGAGGGGAUGACCAAGGGGGAGAGGGGAAGGGAAGUCAGGAAGCUUUCGCGGGUAAUAUCGAGAGUAGGCCACCGGGAGAUUCGUCGACGAAUCCGAUGAUGACGAUGGUGCUCGGUAAUGGACAAGGAGCCAGGGGAUCUGUCAAAGCGGUGCGGAGGACGACGCUCUUGAUGAUGGCUCUGGUAGGCGUUAUCUGUCUGUUGGCUGUUGUUUUGUCUGGUCUCGCUCUCUCUCGCGUGAUGUCUAUUGAGACAUCGGAGAAAACAUGGACGUUUGCGCUUGGACAGUCGAACCUUGUAUUGCAUUACAUAGACGGAAAAACUUUACAAAUGGACGGAUUCGAUGUUGAAAUGGUGCAAGCCGUAUGUCACGUGGCGGGUAAGAAAUGUGAGAUAGUGACUGAUCAACGCACAAACUGCUGGAUAUCUCAGAAGGGAUCACCUGCGACGGGUGGAGUAGGUCUCAACGGAGGCUGGUAUGAUGCAUGUGCUGGUAGGUAUCGCAGUGUUGUAUAA